AUGGUUAGGCGAACCCGGACACGGAAGGUCAUCAAUGCUAUCGGCUUCUGUAUCUUUGUUCCCUUUGGUCUCGUUUGGAUUUCCGGGGAGGCAUUGUAUGAACUUGCUAAAGACGAGUCUAAAGUCCAAAAGAAACUCUACCAGGAAAAGAAAAAGUACAGAACACGGAAGUCGCUCGCUCCUCCAGAACCCAGCAAACUAAAAGUCAGCUUGCCUUCGAUCUUUGGAAAGCAAGAAGAGCCGGUCGAAUUCGACUCCGUAGACCCCCAAUUUCAAUCAAGACUUCUCAGUCUUCCCGGCGAGAUACGAGAUCUCAUCUACCAAUACGCUCUAGGCGGGCACACAUUUCACUUUAUUAAACCGAAAAAUCGCUUACGCCACUCCCGUUGCAACCUACCUUUCCUCCCAUGUCCCGACAGCAAGCUCUGGCCUUCAGGACCAUGUGGCGAGGCCGACCAUAGCCGCUCUUGCAUUCCAAAUGUUUACAAUCGUGCUAGCGCAUACGAGGAUCCAGAUCGUGUCGAAAGGCUCGGAAUGUUCGCACACUGCACCGGCGGCAUGAUCCGCGCUUGUCGCAGUAUCUACCUCGAAGCUUCCGACUACCUUUACUCCACCAAUAUGUUCUGCCUCAACACACUAGACAUGUUGAUCCAUCUCCGUAAUUCGAUUUCUCCCCGACACUUCGGGCUUAUUAAGCACCUACAGAUCACACACCAAGUCACCCACUUUGAGCAAUUCGUCUCCGAGCGUAAGAACUCUCGCAAGAUACCGCUAUACCCUCCAUACGACAACAAGACGUGGAAAGAAGUCUGGCGGAUCAUAUCUGAGGAAAUGCAUGGAUUGAAGGACCUACGUGUUCGUGCUUUUGGGGAGAAUAUCUCUAUUCGGACAACUAGGGUCUGGAGAUUGUGUAUGCUCGAAGAAAUGAGAAAGGUCAGAGGGUUGGACCACUUUUCCUUCGACUCGGACAAUCUUUUCAUGAAAAGAGGCAAUUUAGACUACGCCGAAUGGGAAGAAGAUGUUAUUACCGCAAAGGAGCAAUUGAAAACCGAAGUCAUGAUGCCGAAGAAUACUAUGAAAGUUGAAUACAAGGAGAAAAUCAUCGAAAUCGAGCGUUAA